ACAAGCAGUUAUCAAAGGUCCUAACGUCGAUCGAUCGCUUGUAAAUAUGUUAAAUGCCAAGCAUAUGUUAUGUAAAUCCACCCAAAUUAGCUAGGCCCCCUGAUUAGCCGAUCCACCCAAGUGGGACAUUUUUUUUUCUUGGAGCAUGGAAUCAAAUGCCCGUCUCCGAAACUCCUUUUUCUGACAAUCUGAAUUUACUUUGUUUGUUGGCGUUCCCCACUCUUCAGUUGGUGGUGGUUUAGGUAAACAUAGGAAAAUCUUGCAAAUUCGUCCUUUAUUCCCCCAUGCACGGUAAACCGCCCUGCAUCUUGGUGAGGUUGGGCAAUCCCAGAUUUCCGGAAACUCAAGUUGUUCCCUAGAAUCAUGGUUCUGGUUUGAUUCCUGAGAUAUACAGUAAGGAGCAAAAACGUUGGUUAAGAUGGGCAGAAGGCACCAUGAUAAUGACGGCAGUAAGCGUUUGGGCUUCCCGGUCUUCCUUUUGAUCUCCUUGGCUGCGUUUUCCCUGGUUUACAUUUCAUUGUCCACUCUGAGACCCCUGUCAUCCUCGCAAUUCGCAGACGAACGCGAGGCGGUCGGAGGAUCGGAGGCCGGAGGCGAUGAGUAUGGGUCUGGGUGCUGCAAGGGGAUCGAGAAUUUGGAGUUAUGGGGUCCUGCUGUGAAGUGGGGAACCGAUUUUAGGCUCAAUCGCUCGGAGCAGUGCUGUUCGGCGUGCAAGGAUAUGUGCAGCGGAGACGGGCCUUGUUUGUGCAACUCUUGGGUGUUCUGUGGACAUAAGGAGAAAUGCGGGGAUAGGUUUGGGGAGUGUUGGUUGAAGAAGCAGAAUGAUAUACUGGAUCCAGAUAAGCAGUUGGCAGAACAAAAAGUUGUCUGGACUUCUGGGCUUAUCUACGGGAAAGGAGAGGGAAUUGUCUAUCUGGAGACUGAACAUGGCAAUCUUCAUUUCAAACUUUUCCCUGAAUGUGCUCCACAUUCUGUGUUGUACAUCACUGAACUUCUCAAACUGCGUCAUUGUGCUGGCUGCCGAUUUCAUCGUGCAGAAGGCAGAGGUGAAUCAUGGGAUUCUGAAGGAAACCAUAUAUCAGGGAGAACUUUUGGACCCCCUUUUGCAUUGAUUCAAGGAACACUUGAAACUGAGGGUGUGCCAUUCGGCCGAAUACCUAAAGAAUCUUGCCCAAGUAUAAAAAGAGGUUCAGUUGCAUGGAUUGGUUCAGGACCUGAGUUCUUCAUCAGCCUAGCAAAUCAUGAUGAGUGGAGGAAAGAUUACACUGUUUUUGGUGCUGUGUUGCCUGAAGACAUGAGGAUUGCUGAGAAAAUUGCCCAGCUUCCGACAAAACAAGAUAUAUGGAGUAACAUCCAAGUUUCAGUUUUGAAGAAUCCAGUCAGCUUGAAAGUCAAAAGACUUGCCAGCAGCCAGUGAUCUACAUGUGAAAACCAGCUUAGAACUCAAAAGGAAUGGUUUUUGGUUACUGCUAGUAGCUGAGUUCUUCAGUGCCAAGAAAGUAUAGCUUCCAUUGCUUUUCUUCCAUCUCAACUCAGUGCAAAGGGUGCAAACAGACCAUCUGCAUUCCUUCCUUCGCUUGGUUAUGGAACAGAACCAAAUGCAAACUCAGAUAGCCUACCUUAUCUUGUAGAUUUACCAUCAUGGGCUGUAGAUGGAGUUGUUUGUAGCUUCACCAAAGAACUUCAUAUCUUAGAUCUUUUUUGUCAGGUAGCAAAACCAAUCAAAAAGUUUGUUCAAAUCAAAGUCAAACUCUCUUGGCAUUGAUUGCCUGAGUUCUGUGAGCCAAGAAAAAUCCAUAAUUUGCUCUGUACAUGAACAGUUGGUUCAUGUUGGUUACCGACUAAAUUGAUGUUUACUUACUCAGCCAAUAUCACCACUGUGCCUUGGUGCCCUUCUCUUGCUCUUCUGUAUCAUCUGGGAAUCAAAUUCUUAUGCUCGAAGUUGAUGAAGAAUUGUAAAGCUUAUAGUAAUCUGGUGUAAGUUCUUUUUUUUUUUUUUUUAAAAAAAAAGAACAAUUCUGAGCUUCA